AUGGCGUACCAGUUCACCGAAGAGAAGAAGCGCCCGCCGCCGAUUGCGCUCCCGUUGCCGCCGCCUCCGCGCCCUCUACCGUCCAUCGACCAGCAAAGGCAGCAAGGACAGCGCUCUACCGACAACACGCCGCUGACCUCGCCUACUGAGUCACACACUCCAGCCUCGGGUUCGGGUAGAAGCCGCACCGCCAUGGCUACGUUCACCAAUUUAAUCGAUCAGGCACGUUCUCCCCGCAAGUCAGAGCAUGGAUCCUGGAUAAGUAUCAAUGCCGGCUCGACGGCACGUUCGAGGCAGUCAGGACGCAGUCAACAUGAAGCUGUAGCUGCACAAGCCCAGAUUGAAGCUCUCGACGAGGAGACGGCUAGAGGAAAGGUGGAAUCUCGCGCUGAGAAAAACUUGUUCAAGAUGACGGGUCAAGUUCCGCCCACUCCAAUGAUUGAUUCGGCAAACGAGGACGAAAUCUACAUCAGGACGGAAGACCUGCGACGACAGUGCCGGAUCGCCAGUGGAGAUCAACAGCCAGAACGCGAGGAGCCGCCCAAAAGCCCGAAGAAAAAGCUUUUCCAGAACCUCCGUAAUACCUUUUCCAAGUCUUCUAGUGCUGCAGCUCCACCAGCAAUGCCAAACAAAGCAGCGCAGGUUUUGGGCACAGCAUCACGUCAGGCUCGCAUCAUCCCAGUCCGCCCCAUAAAGCCAGCGUGCCCUGUCGAAUCCACCCCUACAAGGACUUCACGCUCAGACACGGUGAAGUCUCUGCCUGCGAAGGUCGUUAAUCCUGACAGCUACGCCCAUCGCCAUCAUAGCGGAUCUUCGCGUCGCCAUCGCACGAGUGGCCGUGGCUCACCGGGCAGAGGUAGCCUGAAGAAGCAGUCGUACAACGUAGAGAACACACGCCCCGUGCCUGAUAUCAACGAAUCGUCCGAUUCAGUCAUCCCGCCUUCACCACCAGCAAAGGAUACUCCGCCACCAGCUGAGAGGCAGCCCAGCCCACUUCGCAGGGCUGCGCCAACGCGUGGUGAUUUACGUGACAGCUAUUCGGACUUCAACGACAACAUCAGCCGUAUUCAGUUCCCUAAGUUUGAUCUUUCGCCCGUCCGUUCGUCAUAUAUCCUGCCUGGACAUGGUGGAUUCAGUCCCGCGAAGUCCCGCCCAUAUACCGCAGAAGACUACACCAAGCUCAUAGAGGAUGGAUCAGUGCAACGGCCCUACCCCAACUGGGACAGUUCGCCAACCAAGGCAGAAGUCAAACACCAUGCUCCUUUGGCAGGUGCGGGCCUUGAGUCAUUGCAGCUUCCUCGUCCCGACCGCCUGAGGAAGGAGCGUCCGGAUACAGCGUCAGAGACCAGCGCUGACGAGGGUCCCGGUCUGCUGCCGCACUUCUACUCUCCAUCCCGCAUCACUCCUUUUCCCUUUGCUGAAGGCGAGACACCGUCUAAGAAUUCUGACGAAACGCGCCUUCUCUACUCACACCCCGCAAGGUCACGGACGGUCCUCCACCCUCGCGAAGAGUCGGCCGACGGCUCAAUCAAGAUGAUCUUCCAAGGAGACCGCCAGGAUAUCGAGCCAAACUCUCCAACUGCUCGCGAAGUCGACGAAAACGAGCAGCUCACUCAUGAACGUGAUCAGCGCUCCGAUGUUGGCAUCACAACCCGCGUCAUGCAAGAAUUGCGUAUUGGAGAGCAGAAUGAGAACCCACGACAAAGGAACGGCAAUCUCGGUGAUCAGUCCUCGUCAAGGCUGACUGAUAUGCUCAAUACUGUCAGCCCAGGCCGCAGUGAUUCGCACGGCGAUUUCCAGCUUUACUGUCCUAGUGCCGUUCCCAGUCCGCUUCACAAGAUUUCUGGUCCUCCGUUCUCAGCACGCGCGAGUGUGCCUUCCGGGUCUUACAGCGCAAUUACCCAGCCGCUUGCACCCAAGACCAUCGAAGACCACUUCUACAUGACCAAUGAGCACCUCGAUGUAGUGGGUAAGACUACUUGGGACGCACUGGAGACGCUCGCCAAGGACCAGGAACGUACAUCAAAGGCGAGGCAUGAUGAUACUUUGGCACUGAUCAACAGGCGCUUCAAGCAACUCUCAUCUCAUCUGGAUGCUGUCAAGGAAACUGCCAAUCGCGUAGAGACUUCCAUCGAUCGCGUAAGGGAAGUAGCGGACAAUCAACACAACAUCUACGCAACCGUGAAUACCAUCAAGGAUAGUAUCAAGGAGAUCAUUCCGGACGCGAUGAAGGAGCAGGAUAAGAAGAUGGCCAUCAUGGAGGCGGAAAUGAAGGAAAUGAAGCAGAUCAUUCAGGCUUUGCAAAAGUCCAUGGACCAGAAGGCUGCUGAGCCGCCACACACUCCUCAGCCCCCGUUCCCCUCGCACAACCAGCGCUCUCCACACUCUCUGCCAAGUCACUAUGGUAACAUCCCUGAGGUCGUCCGCGAACUCCAGCCUGUGAUGCAGCACGGCAUGUCUUCUCCUCAGGACGGCCAUAAUGACGCUCGUCUUGGCUAUCAGAACGGUCAUCAGAACGGCAAUCAUUGGACUGCGCGUCCUGCCUACGCUGGCCGCAACGGCAAGGAAGAGCGUCCAUCAUACGCUGCAAAACCCUACCUCUACAAUAACGGCGGUCAGUACAGCAGUGGCUAUUCUGGCGGAGGCUAUCCUCCGUUCGGUUACUCUGCGAACUCUACUGACCAGGACUUCGGUUUCAACAACCAGGGUCAGCCAAAGUAA